GCUCGGGUGGAAGGAAGAAAAACGGGAAGCUCGAGGGGACACCCUUUUUCACAACAUAUCUUAGAUGCCGAUUUGCCUCAAGGGUUCAGGGAGCUUAAUAUCUGGUAUGACGGGUCGACUGAUCCCUCCCGACAUCUUAGAAGUUUCGAAAACAUGGCAGUAUUGCACCGAUACAACGACCCCGUUCAGUGUCGAGCAUUCCUGACGACCCUGCGAGGGCCUGCGCAGGAUUGGUUUCAUCAAUUGACCCCAGGGGCCAUCAGGGAUUUCGAUGGAUUUAGCUCGAGUUUCCUAAACCAAUUCGCAAGUGUGAAAGCCCAAGAAAAGUCGUACCUUACUUUGAUAGGAAUGCAGCAGAAGGAAGGGGAAUCAUUGAGAGACUACGUAGCGAGGUACACAAGGGUAUGUGUCGACGUCCCCUCGGCCACGGAGGAGAUCAAGUCGGGAGGACUCACUCGAGGGCUACUCCCGGGAUUGUGCAGAAAUUCCCUAGCAAAGCGGCCCGGGAGGACGUUUGAUGAAGUAUUGGGAAGGUGCGCCAAAUACAUGAAUGUCGAGGAAGCCGAAGCCGACUUUCUGCAAGCGGCUAAGCCAAAACCUGAGCCUCGGGACGAGAAGAAGGACAAAAAGCCUGUCGCGACAACUGAAAGGAAAGGAUCCCCAAGAGCCGAGAGAGAGGGGCGACCAAGGGGGUGUAGGACAGCCCAAUAUACUCCUCUGUCGGCCUCGCGUGCAAGGAUACUGGAGGUUAUGGAGAGAGAGAUCCGUGACAACGUUGUCAGGUGGCCACAAACAAGAAAGGACGGGCCGACAAAACCUAAAAGUAACCUGUACUGUCGAUUUCACAAAGACUACGGCCAUAACACCGAUGAAUGUCGGCACUUGAAAAAUGAAAUUGAGAUACUAAUCAAAGCAGGCCAUCUGAAGGACCCAGAUAUCGGGCUACGAAGUCCAGAGAUCUUUGUCGAUACGGGGAGCUCAGUGAAUGUGAUUUUUUUCGAUUGCCUUAAGCGCAUGGAACUCGACAUUGAACUCUCACCUCUCCACACUUCACUUUUUGGAUUUAACGGCUCGGAAGUCGCCCCCCUGGGGGAAGCCACCCUCGCUGUCGUCCUCGGGGAAGGCGACUUAAGGAAGGUGAAAAUGGUGCGAUUUGUCGUGGUCGACGUCGAGUCGGCUUAUAAUGUGAUUUUGGGAAGGCCAGCCCUCAAUGCAUUCCAAGCAGUGUUGUCAACCUAUCAUAUGAAGCUAAAGUUCCCUGUCGGAGAUAAGGUAGGGGAGGCCCGAGGCGACCAGAGGCUGUCGAGAACUUGUUAUCAAAUUGCAGUAAGGACAAAUCAACGGACGGAGGUGAAUGAAAGAAAAAAGUCG